AAACUGGUUUUCAUCGAUUCAGGGAAAUUGGGCGUCAGUCUGGCAAUGCGGUCUUUGGGAAACAUCCCAACCUGACUUGCUGAAGCAAAAAUUGCUACUCUUCAACUUUAUUCACGUUGUAAACGGGGUCGCGAACGUGUUGGUGCUGUUUUCAGUGAAUUUACAUAACGUGGCGAAAAUGUGUUGAAUCGGGUCGCAUAAACCGGAGAUUUUUGACACCGUUUUGAAUUAAAUCCUAACCACCACCCUCUUGCAGGCGUAGCAGAGGAAAAUGGCUGGAAAGCUGGGAAAACUAGCAGUGGGCGGUUUGGCCGGCACUGCAGGCGCUGGAUUGGCCACAUACCUGCUCCUGAAAGACCAGAGUGAAAAUUGGCCAGCAGUGAACGCCCAGAAGGCCACGCCCAAGCCGAAAAAGGCCCUGCCCAGUCGCGCGGAUCAGAUCAAAUCGCUUCAGACCGAGCAGUUUGAUGUCGUGAUCAUUGGUGGGGGAGCAACAGGGGCUGGAUGCGCUCUUGAUGCAACCACUCGAGGGCUGAAGACUGCGCUGAUUGAAGCUGAUGAUUUUGCCAGCGGCACCAGCAGUAAAAGCACCAAGUUGAUCCAUGGAGGAGUCAGGUAUCUGCAGAAGGCCAUCAUGCAACUGGACUAUGAUCAGUACAAAAUGGUAAAGGAGGCCCUACACGAAAGGGCCGCUAUGCUAGAGCAGGCCCCUCAUCUCGCCCAUCCUCUUCCCAUUAUGUUGCCCGUUUACAAAUGGUGGCAGGUGCCGUACUUUUGGUUCGGCAUCAAAAUGUACGACGUUGUUGCCGGUUCAAAAACGCUAAAAAACUCCUACUACUUGUCCAAGAAGAACGCCCUCGAGCUCUUUCCCAUGUUGAAAGGCAACGCCCUAUGUGGAGGAAUCGUCUACUACGACGGGCAACAAGACGAUGCCAGAAUGAACCUCUGCAUAGCCGUGACGGCUGCCCGAUUGGGCGCCACUGUGGCCAAUCACGUAAAAGUGACCAGUUUGACCAAAGAAAAGGGCAAAGUUUGCGCCGUUACUUGUCGGGAUGAAAUGACUGGGCAAACCUGGUCGAUUCCGACCAAGUGUGCGAUCAACGCAACGGGCCCAUUUACGGACAGUAUCAGGAAAAUGGAUAAUCCUCAAGUGAAGGAAAUCUGCUCGCCAAGCAGCGGGGUUCACAUCACUUUACCAGGCUAUUACAGUCCAGAGCAAAUGGGCCUGCUGGAUCCCUCAACCAGCGACGGCCGAGUGAUUUUCUUCCUCCCCUGGCAAAAGCACACGAUUGCCGGAACGACCGAUUUACCAUGCCAGGUCACGCAAAACCCCAAACCGACCGAAGACGAAAUCAUGUUCAUUCUGGAGGAAGUGAAGAACUACCUCAAUCCCGAUGUUGAAGUGCGUAGAGGCGAUGUCUUGUCCGCUUGGAGCGGAAUUCGGCCUUUAGUGUCCGACCCCAACAAGCCGGACACUCAAUCCUUGGCCCGCAAUCACAUUGUUCACGUUAGCGAUUCCAACUUGGUUACAAUCGCGGGAGGCAAAUGGACCACCUAUAGAGCGAUGGCGGAAGAAACCAUCGAUGCUGCCAUAGCAGCCUGUAAUCUGCAAUCGAAAUGCAAGGUUCUGGAGAGCCAAACCGAUGGGCUCCUGCUGGAAGGGGCGCACGAAUGGACGCCCACCAUGUACAUCAGACUAGUGCAAGACUUUGGCCUGGAAUGCGAAGUGGCCCAACAUCUGGCCAAGUCCUAUGGGGACCGGGCAUUUUCGGUCGCCAAAAUCGCCAGUCUAACCGGAAAACGGUGGCCCAUCAUCGGCCGGAAGUUGCAUCCAGAGUUCCCGUAUAUCGAUGCAGAAGUCAGGUAUGGGUGUAGAGAAUACGCAAUGACCGCCAUCGAUAUGAUCGCCCGAAGAGUGAGAUUGGCCUUCCUCAACGUUCAGGCGGCACAAGAGGCCUUGCCCGACGUCAUUGCCAUCAUGGCUGAAGAGCUGGGAUGGUCAGAAGAGGAGCAAAAAAGGCAGUCAAAGCUCGCAACUGAGUUCCUGCAGAACGAGAUGGGCCAGAAUGUGAACAGGGCGAGCAGGGACAAGAUCCCGAUCAACCUCAGCAAGGAGGAGAUUCAGCUUUACAUCAAAAGAUUCCAGAUCAUCGACAAAGACCGCAAGGGAUACGUAUCCAUCAACGACAUUCGACGAAGUCUGAAGCAGCACGACAAUCGCGAAGUGCCCGGCGAAGAGCUGCACGAGAUCCUCAAAGAGAUCGACACCAACAGGAACGGACAAGUCGAGCUGGACGAAUACUUGCAGAUGAUGUCCGCGAUCAAGUCGGGCCACGUUACUUACUCGAGGUUCGCCAGAAUGGCCGAGCUGGAAGAGCAGAAGCACGAGAAGGACCAGCUGAAGAAGAAGAUUCCCGUUGAGAGGAGCGGAGGUGGCCUUUAGACUGGCGGUUGUCCAAAAAUGAAACCUUUUGAGGAUGUGACUGGCGUUUCAGUUGUGGAAAGACAGGAACUCGUUUGGAUGAGUGGAGCUGGUUCUGUCUUGAUAUUUAUUUUGGCCGUUUGCGUUGAUACUAUAUUUUAAUUAUAAAACGAUCUGUAAAUAUUA